AUGGAUUCCUCUAGGAAACCUCUCAGCUCUCAGCGGCUUCCGCCGCCCGCUCUAUUUCAAGGCCCGCCUUCACAUAAUGCAUCCAACAUUUCCCUUUCCGUACCUCCUACUGGGCCGACACUCCCCGUCCCGUCGGGUAGCCAGCCUCCACCCCUCCAGCGCAACCGUUCCCAUCGCGGCAAGGAUGGCGGCUCUCCAGAUAACCGCAGCUCGCUCUCCCCAUUAAUCUCGCGACGCCCAUCCAAAAAUGACGUGGAUGGUUCCGACGCCAUUUGGCAGGAAAUGCAAAGCGCCCUUUCCGAGGUAGAACUCAGCGCUGUCACGAACGAGCAUGUCUUUGGCGAAAAGCACGCCGAGGCCUUGGAGGACCUUCGCAUGAAGCAAUUGAAACUUGCUCAAGCCUGGGCUCGCAGUGAGGCAGACGAGGAAAUCGUUGGCUCUAGCCAAAAUACCGCGGAUGGUGACAACUCUGCCGCAAGUGCAAAGCGUCGGGGGUCGGGGGAAGGCAUUACUACGGAUGCAACGAACAAUACCCAAGCAUCUGGCAGAGACCGUGUCUCUCAUAGGACUCUUGACGAAGAAACUGAGAAGGAUAUCAUUCUUGCGCGCAGGCGCCGUGAGGCCAAUGAUCGCUAUUUUGAUCGAGUCAACCAGGGUGUGUUGGACGUUGUCGCUAAGCUAGAGGAGGUCUCCCAGGCCAUGCGCACAGUUGAACGAGAAAGCAAAGAUAUCUGGAGUGACUCGGAGAGUGUCACCACAGCCGCGCCCUCAUCUGUAAAUUCUGGUUGA